CAUCCGAAGCCCACCGACCUUAUUUUACCAUUUUGUUGUACUUGGAUUUUGGAUACCCAUCAGUUCCCUCUCUCUUAUCGGCUGCUCGGCGGCGAGGAAAACGGCGGUAGCUUCGCAAGAACCAGAAACGCGAAAAUGGCGAGCUAUCUAUGGAGAAAAUAUGCAGAUUAUGUUUACAACAAAUGGGAAAGAACGCUUCUUUGGGACAUGUUAGAGCCUUACCGAAGAGCCAAAUCUUUUACGCCUCUUGUUACCAUUUAUAUUGCAGCUUUUUACACAGGCGUCGUUGGUGCCGCCAUUACUGAGCAACUCUACAAGGAAAAGUACUGGGAAGAUCAUCCUGAGGAAGCAGUGCCGCUCAUGAAGCCGAAAUUUUAUGGUGGACCUUGGAAGGUGCUCAAAGGUGAUGUCCUCCCACCUAAUGAAUGAAAACCGAAAGAUUUUCUCGAGGAAAAUGAUGCUCGGACUAGUCAUUUUUCUUUUGGUACUUACGUUUGACCCAUCAAUGUCGGAUAUAUAUACUCAUAUCCAAUGUUCACAUCUGAAUCAAGUAAUAUAGGUUUGGUA